UUAUUAUGAACUUGUUAAUAGUGACUUUUAUCGCGUUGACUCUGACAAAAUGUUCAGUGUUAUCAUUUGCGCCCCGAACAACGUUCGCCAACUACUUGGACAACAAGCCUCACGGCCGCAUUGUAGGCGGUCAUGCUGCUAAGCCCCACAGCCACCCGUACAUGGUAUCACUUCAGCUGAGGUUCUUGUGGGUACGAGCCCACAUGUGUGGCGGGACACUGCUUAAUGAAAGAUGGGUGUUGACCGCAGGCCACUGCGUGUCCGACUCGUUGCUGAUUCGAUGGCUGAACAUGGAUGCCGUGGCCGGGGCACAUGACGUCGACAACUUCGGCCCAGAAGUGCAGAUUUCAACGAUAUCGUUGCGGAUACCGCACCCUAAUUAUAUCGGAGGAAUAGAUAAAAACGACAUUGCCAUGCUCAGAACAUCAACUCCGUUCCAAAUAACCAGCGCAGUCAGGCCUAUACGUCUGCCGUCUCCUUCUCUGGUGGUAGACAAUGCUUCUCUGAUGCUGCCAGGUUGGGGGAGCCUAAAGACGACGUUCUUUAUCCCGGUCCUUCCAAGCCAAUUACAGGAACUAAGUGUAACUUAUGUGCCUUUUCAACAAUGCUACAAACAAAUCAUCGAUUUCCUGGAUCCUGAUGAAAUUAACCCGCUUGAUGAAGAUGUGCACAUUUGUACCGGUCCACUAGGUGGCGGUAAGGCAGCUUGCAAUGGGGACUCUGGUGGGCCAUUGGUUCUUUUCCAAGACGAUAAAGCUACUGGAGCUAAUUCCACAGAAGUAGACGUACCUAAUAAUGGUGAUAAUGAAAUAAAAACAAAUGACAAUCAAAAGAAAGAGGCAAAGCCUAGCUCAAAGGUUGAAAUCAAACCAAAACAAGAAUCAAGAGUACCCGUUUUGAUUGGAGUAGUAUCUUGGGGUAUAUCUCCUUGUGGCGAGAAAGGAGCACCGACCGUUUACACAAAUGUGUCUCAAUAUAUGGACUUCAUAAACAGCUAUAUCAACUCGUGA